AGGAUGGAACUGCUUUCCAUACAGCACAACAUGGUACUAAUUACAGGUUGAUACCUGUACUAUAUCUACUUAUACAACAUGGUACUAAUUACAGGUCGAUGCCUGUACUAUAUCUACUUAUACAACAUGGUACUAAUUACAGGUUGAUACCUGUACGGUAUCUACAUAUACAACAUGGUACUAAUUACAGGUCGAUGCCUGUACUAUAUCUACUUAUACAACAUGGUACUAAUUACAGGUCGAUGCCUGUACUAUAUCUACUUAUACAACAUGGUACUAAUUACAGGUCGAUGCCUGUACUAUAUCUACUUAUACAACAUGGUACUAAUUACAGGUCGAUGCCUGUACUAUAUCUACUUAUACAACAUGGUACUAAUUACAGGUCGAUGCCUGUACUAUAUCUACUUAUACAACAUGGUACUAAUUACAGGUUGAUGCCUGUACGGUAUCUACUUAUACAACAUGGUACUAAUUACAGGUCGAUGCCUGUACUAUAUCUACUUAUACAACAUGGUACUAAUUACAGGUCGAUGCCUGUACUAUAUCUACUUAUACAACAUGGUACUAAUUACAGGUCGAUGCCUGUACUAUAUCUACUUAUACAACAUGGUACUAAUUACAGGUUGAUGCCUGUACGGUAUCUACUUAUACAACAUGGUACUAAUUACAGGUUGAUACCUGUACGGUAUCUACAUAUACAACAUGGUACUAAUUACAGGUCGAUGCCUGUACUAUAUCUACUUAUACAACAUGGUACUAAUUACAGGUCGAUGCCUGUACUAUAUCUACUUAUACAACAUGGUACUAAUUACAGGUCGAUGCCUGUACUAUAUCUACUUAUACAACAUGGUACUAAUUACAGGUUGAUACCUGUACGGUAUCUACUUAUACAACAUGGUACUAAUUACAGGUUGAUACCUGUACGGUAUCUACUUAUACAACAUGGUACUAAUUACAGGUCGAUGCCUGUACUAUAUCUACUUAUACAGAUCUACACUGUUUGA